AUGUCUUUUAUAUCCAGGGAUGACUGGGCAAGUAUUCUGACCCCUGACGAUGCGAUCCAGCGACGAAGAAGAACAACAUCUCCCGCUGACCCCCACAUCAACCGCGAGCUUCAGGAGGCUAUUAUGGAUCCUAAGUUUCAACAUAUCCGUCUAACCGAAACUUCUGCAAAUGCACCGGGGUACAAAACUCUAUACAAGGAUAUUUACUUUGCUUUUGAGCGAGAAGUGGCCGAAUAUUAUGCCUACUAUGCUAAACGCCGCAGCAUAUAUAGCGCGACUGUCAUUAUUCACAUCACUAUCCCGAACUCGGUUCUGGAGUCUCUCCCUGCACCCGAUAUCCAGCGUAUUUAUUGGCCUAGCGCAGAGUGGAAGUCGCUUAUCUUAACUUGUCGACGAAGGGAAAAGGUCCCGUCUAAUCUCCGCAAGUAUCAACUGGCGAAGCUUGUGAUUGGCACCAUUUGUGGCAAACCGACCUAUGGUUUCGGCAAUAUGCAAUCUCCAGAUGAAGUCGCGGAGAGGAUGGUUCUUAAAACUAAAGAUGGACGUAACGCCGUCUAG